CCCCCCACAGCACAGACAUGUUGCAAGUUUGGCUCCUUCUGCUGAUGAGAGGUUCAGUGACUUCAUUGUCUGUCUCGCAGGAUCCUCCCACUCUCAAUGUCACAGAGGGGGGCAAUUUCCAACUCUUCUGCUCUUUUGGAAAGCGCAACCCUCCCCCCACCGCCGUCACCUUCACCUGGUCCUGGAACCACAUCACUGUCUAUGAGUUUGUCUCACACCGGCCUCAGGAGAACGUGUCUCAUCUGGGGGACCCCCGGGUGCAAAUACAAUCCAACCGCUCAGGGUCCAGCUCUCUCUACAUUAGGGAUGUAGUGACCACUGACAGCGCCCUCUAUCUGUGUAAAGUCACAAUACACAGUCCCCUCCCUAUUAUCAACCGCCAGGGCAAAGGGACACGUGUUAUUGUAACUGCCCAGCAGAGGAGAUCUGUACAAACAACCCCCCAUGAUAAUAAAACCAACCUCCCCUCUCCACUCCCCACUGUGUCUUGCUAUGAGGCCAAUAGACGUUGUCAAACUCCAUUCUCUUUGCUCCCCAUUUCCUUCUGCACCCUCCUUUUUGUUGUCUUUGUGGUGCUGGUCUCGUGUAUCUGUAUAGGGUGCAGGUUGUAUUAUCAGUAUAAGAUUAUCCCCCAGUCCACAGAUUCCAUGUAAUGUCUCAACUGUGCCACUAGGGGGCUGUGUAAUAUAAACUGCAAUGUGUGCGCCAGAUCUUGUAAUCUAUAACAACCAAUCACAAGGAGGAAUGAUCUGAUUGGUUGUUAUAGGUUAUUAGACCUGGUGCAAAUAUGCAGCUUGUAUUACAUUGCGUUAGAGUUUGGUGGAAAAUAUAAUUUGUCUGCUAGUUUUUUUGACCAAUAUUGACCAAUAUUUUGAUUUUUCAUAAAGAUAAUUAUUAUUCCAUAGUUAUUCUAUGUGGUUAUUUUCAUUUUCUUUUGCUUAAUUUGCUUUGCUGCUAUUGGCUUUUUUUAAAUGUCUGCUUCUUGUGCUUUUGCGCUUAUUGUGAUAUCACUGCUGUGUUAUGGUGACAUCACUUCCAUGUUUUGCCAUAGAUGGUGAUGAUUGGGCAGGGUUUGCGGGCAAAGAUCUCAUUGGUUGAAUAUCUGGCGGGGUUGGGUUUCAGGAUCCCUCCUCCAAAAUAAAGAGCAGGGAAGAUUUAUUCAGUCUGGCAGAUAACGCAUUUCAUGCAUUUAGUGCUUGUUUUAAUCAUCUAAGAGAUCCCAGUUCUGAUUGGUUAACAGCCUCUCGGUCUUCUAGGUGUUUAAAUGAAUGUUGCACUGGAGUAAUAAACUCCAAUAAAUCUUGAUAGAAUGUUCUCAGCCUUUGUUGGAGAAUAAGUCCCAUCCCUUAGGCACUCUGUAGAGCAGAAAGCAAAUCCUGCAUAGGGAUAAGUCACAGCAGGUAGUUUCAUGCCAAGAAACCAUUGUAACCAUUUCACAUUGGGAGGCAUGAGGAUUGUACAGCGAAGUGUGUUGCUGUGUGUAUGUGUUACCUGCACCGCAUUGUCGUGUACUUGUGUCCAGAGAGGGGAGGAGCCACCUGUAUGAGCAGCCGCCGGAGCACGGAGCAGGUAAGAAAUGCAGGUAAUUAAUAAAUGCCCCAGAAUAUAGAAGGUAUUUUAUAGGACUGGCCUUUUCCAUAAAUAGUGACCUUCCUGGAUCUGUCAUUUUCUUAUGGGUAAAAAACACUGGUCAGAUGCCAACUCUAAAUACAAUAAAUGCCCAGCUAUGUGUGUAUUUUAGGCAGGGGUGUAAGGUCGCAUCCCUUGGUCCCCCCAGAAAAUUAUA